CUAGACCUCGUACAAGAUGGAGAGCUCCGGAUGGCAAUGUGUCGAGUACUUUCAAGAGAUCCUGGAACGGGAGCUUCAGCUGCAAGAUGGGAUUGGUUUCACCGUACGACGGUUACAGGUCGGCAGUGCAACGGAAAAGACGGCCGGUUACAUGUCGCUUAUGCAUCGUGUUUCGAUCGAUCUGGAAGUCGGUCCAAUGCGACAACCGCGCACGUUGUGCUACAUUGUGAAGGAGAAAUCGGACACGGUAUUCGGUGGUGAUCUCGUCGAUGUACUGGCUGUAUUUCCAAAAGAGCGUAAUGUGUACGAAACACUUUUGCCCACAUUCGAAGGGCUUUGGAGUGCCCAACGAGUGCAGUUUGGUCCAAGGAUGCUGAAGGCAACCGAGAGCGCACAGUUUACGGUGAUUGUAAUGGAGGAUCUGACUGUCCGUGGGUAUCGUAUGCGUGAUCGAUGCUUCAAUUUGCCCAUGGCCGACGUGAAGGGUGUCCUCUCGAAGAUGGCCAAAUUUCAUGCAGCCUCCGCGGUGUAUCGGGCAGAGGGAGGUAACAUUUCAGAGCAUUUCAUGAAGGGAGUCAUUUCGGAAAAUACGCUGGAUCUAUUGGAAUCCUACUACGAAUUGUUGUUCAAUUCGUUCUUGGAAAGUAUGGAGAAACGCCAUUUUCCUAUCAAAUAUUUGAAUCCUCUGACCAAACUAAAGGGUCACCUGUUGAGCGAAUGCUGUAAGCUGAACGCGGUGGAUGAAACCGAAUUUAACGUUUUCAACCAUGGCGAUCUGUGGCCCAAUAACAUCAUGUUCAAUGAGAGUGAUCUUCUGUUCCUGGAUUUUCAAACCGUCGUAUAUGGAUCGUUUGCACAGGAUUUGUUGUACUUCUUCGUAACGACUGGAGCAGAAUUGAUCUGUGAAGCCUUUGAUGAGCUGGUCGACUUCUAUUACGAAUCAUUAACAAGUAGCAUGAAAACCCUCGGUUACAGCCAGUUGCUUCCAUCGUAUGCGGAGCUGAUGAGCCAGUUGCAGCGACGUGGCGUUCUUGUACUGCCACCGUUAUCCGAAGCGCUCGGCAUCAGUAUGGCCGAGCUCUCCGAGACGUUGGACAUGGUGCAAGUAACAACCGAUAGUUUGGAAGGUGCCGCAUUGCGAGAGAAGAUUUACAACAAUCCAGCUUACGUCUCGUUGGUUGAUCGAUUGAUACCAGUUCUCUUUGAGAAAGGACUUUUUCGCGGCCUAGACAGCAUGAGUUAAGGGUGAUGUUUGAAGGCAUUCAUUUUAAAAUACAU